AGACACCAAGCUUCUUUGCUCUUUGAUGCAAACGCUGUUAUCAUCUUCUUCUUGGUUACUUCCCGCAAGAAAACCAAACACCCAUACACACCAUAACACGAUUCCUUCUCUGUAUUCCAUUGCAAGCGCCUAUUUUGUUUUUCAUGAGCAUUGCGUGAAUUUCCUCGCUUUCAGUGACAUAAACAGAAGCAAACAAAAAUCCAAAGUCGGCGUCACCGCGUUGAGAAAGCCGACAGACUGUAGAGUUUGUUUCGCUUUCCCUUCUCCGUGUCACCUUUCUUUUUGUUGACUGGUUUUGGUGGGGGUUACAGGACCAACGCUGUAGACUUCUCUUUCAAAGUUGAGUUCUUGCAUUUCUUGGUAAUUUCAUACUUUGGUUGUCGAUGUAUGCUGAUUGGAUAAAGUACAAUGAAAAACCCGUGUAGUAAAAUUCUUUAAGGAUCCAUUUUUCUAGAGUUUCAGACUUCUGGUUCAAUGGUCUGUUGUGAUGUUUGAUAGGUGAUUUGCUGAUCUAAGCUCUUACCCUUGCUCCAGGGGUAAAGCUUGAAUAUAUAUAAAUUGAAAUUUCGCUGUUUCAAAAUCAGUGGUUUCGAGUUUAUCAUGUUGAAUAUUGCGUGUGGAGCUUAGGGUAUAUCGCCAGGAAAGCUUUUUGUGCUUUGGUAUUGUUUCUGCUUUUCAUUAUAUUUUAUAGCGAUUUAUCAUACAACACUUGACGGUUGUAAUUGGGAGGAGAGAAUGAUUGAAAAUACUGAACCAGCGACUCAUAAUGUGUACUCGGAUGGGUCAAUUCAGACUCACACCUCAAAUGCUGCUUUAGAACAUAAGCUGGAUGAGCUUCGACAUCUCAUAGGCAAAGCAGAAGGUGAUCCGUUGAGGAUUGUUGGCAUUGGGGCAGGUGCUUGGGGAAGCGUAUUUACUGCUUUAUUGCAAGAUAGUUAUGGCCAUCUAAGAGAUAAGGUUCUAAUAAGGAUAUGGAGAAGGCCUAGCAGAUCAGUUGAUAGGGCCACAGCUGAGCAUCUGUUUGAAGUGAUCAAUUCCAGGGAAGAUGUAUUAAGGAGAUUAAUUAGGCGUUGUGCAUAUUUGAAGUAUGUCGAGGCAAGAUUAGGUGAUAGGACUUUACAUGCCGAUGAGAUAUUGAAAGAUGGCUUUUGCUUAAAUAUGAUAGAUACCCCUCUCUGUCCUUUGAAGGUUGUAACCAAUUUGCAGGAGGCUGUGUGGGAUGCUGAUAUUGUCAUUAAUGGGUUGCCAUCAACUGAAACCCUCGAGGUGUUUGAGGAAAUUAGUAGAUAUUGGAAGGAGAGGAUUACGGUACCAGUUAUUAUAUCUUUGGCAAAAGGCGUAGAGGCUGAGUUGGAGCCUGAGCCUCGCAUAAUAACUCCCACUCAAAUGAUCAAUCGAGCAACUGGAGUUCCAAUGGAGAACAUCCUCUAUCUUGGAGGGCCUAACAUUGCCUCAGAGAUAUACAAUAAGGAAUAUGCUAAUGCCCGAAUAUGCGGAGCAGAAAAAUGGAGGAAACCUUUGGCAAAGUUUUUGAGGCAGCCUCAUUUUAUAGUGUGGGAUAAUGGUGACCUUGUUACUCAUGAAGUCAUGGGUGGCUUAAAAAAUGUCUAUGCCAUUGGAGCUGGAAUGGUGGCAGCUCUUACAAAUGAGAGUGCAACUAGUAAAUCAGUAUACUUUGCACACUGCACAUCAGAGAUGAUAUUUAUCACACAUUUGUUGGCAGAAGAACCUGAGAAACUUGCUGGUCCCCUGUUGGCUGACACAUAUGUAACCUUGUUGAAAGGUCGUAAUGCAUGGUAUGGUCAGAAGCUGGCCAAAGGGGAGUUGAACCUUGAAAUGGGUGAUAGCAUUAAGGGAAAGGGGAUGAUUCAGGGUGUCUCUGCAGUGAAAGCAUUUUAUGAACUGCUAAGUCAGUCCUGCUUAAGUGUCUUGCAUCCUGAAGAAAACAGGGCUGUUGCUCCAGUUGCACUAUGCCCCAUAUUGAAGAUGCUAUAUAGAAUACUCAUAACAAGGGAGUUUUCAGCACAGGCCAUUCUUCAAGUCUUAAGGGAUGAAACUAUGAACGACCCAAGAGAUCGCAUUGAGAUUGCACAAACCCACGUUUUCUGUAGACCGUCACUCCUAGGACAGAAACCUUGAUAAUGUAUCGCCUAUCUUUUGCAUCUUGUUUUUGUCACUUGUCAAUGGAUACAUGUAAUAAACUAAACUAUUAGGAUAAAAAGAAUAGGUUACGAGUUGGUUAUUGUGUUGUAUCAAUUCCAUUUUUGUGGAGUUUUGCUUAAUCAAGUACAAUGAACAGGCUUGAAUUUUAUUUUUCA